AUGAAAAGAGAGCUGAAGUUCCUGCUUGUGGCACUCUGCAACUUGCGCAACCACCUCCAAGGGUCUCUGAGGAGGAAGAUCGAGGGCCAUACUCCUGGCUACUCCUCCCAACAGAAUGGCCUGUCCUGUGGGCCGUCGGGGCUGGACUUCAAACAGUUUGAGAAGAUGCUGAAGCAGGACGAUGCGUUCGGCAGUGCGGCUACCCUCUGCUCCCACCUGGAGAAGCCCAUCAAGACAGAGUACUCUUCUCCAGACUACGCAAGAGCUAAAGCAGAUGGCAGCCAACCAGAACCAGCAGCAGCCCAACCCUCAAGCCCUAUCACCACCAGCAGCCACCAGGCUCAGGCUGGAGGGGAGGAGGACCAGGGACCAGUUGGAACACGCAGCCACUCCUCCAGCUCCUUCCCCCAGGACAAGCUCUCCCAACCCGGCCUCAAUGGGCUGAGAGGAUACCCCAAGACCUCCAUAGGACAGUCAGGUAAAGGCAUAAACAACUGUCUGUUCAAGCCCAACGGACACAACACCUCCAGCCACCUGGAUAUGAAGGUGCUCAGCAACAAACCAAUGCUCCACUUCAGCCCCAAAGCAUCCCAGCAACCCUCCACUAUGGCAGUUCAUAACUACCAGAACCCCCAGCAGCAACGGCCCAUGUCUGGGCCUCCUCACUUGCAGCCCAAGUCCCUGGCCCAGAGAACCCCUCUCAGCCAGCAUGGAGCUGGACCUGGGCUCCACUUUAAACUGGCUCAACAACGACAGCCAGAGCAGCCCCCAGCCCCCAACGCCCCUGCCCUCCACCGCCGCUCCGUGCUGCCCCCGGCCCGGGUCUCUCCCACAGUCCGAGGUAGACCAGCAGAUCGUGGUGGUUCAGGGUCAGGGGUCGGAGGUCAGGAGUGUGAGCGUGCCCUGGUGCAGAAGCUGAGAGAGCGCUGUGAGGACCAGGCUCGACAGCUCCAGUCUCUGCAGGCUGAACUGAAGAGGGCUUCUCUUGGACUAGAGGUGUUUGCCAUUACUACACAGCACUUCUGCCACAAGAGUGAGAGUGCCAUCCUGAAGGAGAGGGAACUGUCCCUGGAGCUUGCCAGGAUCAGGGAUGAAGUGGCCUCAAGUGUGUCGCGGUGGGAGAUUCUGCAGCAGGACAAGGGGGAGUUGGAGCGGAGGUUUGAGCGGGAGCUGGAGGGUCUGCGUGCCCAGCAGCAGAGUGAGCUGGGCCGGCUGGAGGAAAGACUGAGGCAGUAUCACAGUCUAGAGAUACAGCGCCUGGAGGCCCAACGACAGGAGCAGCUGGAGAGACUGAGGACACAGCAGCUGGAGCAGAUGGAGGAGGUGACGGAGAACCAUGAGGAAGCUCUGACUGAAAUGGAGAACAACCACAACGACACGCUGGUCACUCUCAAGGAGGAGCAUGCCAGGACUGUCAAAAACCUGAAGAUGGCCCAUGAGCAGCAGAGGAAGUCAUUGGAAGAGGACUUUGAGAAGCUCAGACUGUCGCUGCAGGACCAGGUGGACACGCUUACGUUUCAGAACCGCAGCCUGAGAGACCGAGCCAAGCGCUUUGAGGAGGCUCUACGCAGGAGCACCGACGAACAGAUAGUGGAUGCUCUGGCUCCAUACCAGCACAUCGAGGAGGAUCUGAAGAGCUUGAAGGAAGUUCUUUUAAUGAAGAAUCAACAGAUCCACGAACAGGAUGUCAAGAUCUCGGAGCUGGAGAGAAUGGCCCAAAAGAACGUGUUCCUGGAGGAAAGGGUGCAGAUGUUACAGCAGCAGAACGAAGACCUGAGGGCCAGGAUAGACAAGAACCUAGCCAUGUCCAGACAACUCUCGGAAGAGAACGCCAACCUCCAGGAGUCAAUGGAGAAGGAGAGCAACGAGAAGAAACGCUUGAGUCGGAACAACGAGGAGCUGCUGUGGCGUCUGCAGAGCCCUCACAUGUCCCCCACCGGCUCCCCCAUCCACCGAGGCUCUCCCAUCCUCCACUCCUCCAACACCUCCUCCCCUGGUCACCACCGUUCCUCCGCUGGCCCUGGGUCACCCGCACGACCGCACUCCUACCACCAAUGAGACGCCUCUCCUCAAUGCCUCCCCCAUUGUCUCCAUCUCCCUAAUCUCCUUUUCCAGACGAGGAGAGGGAUGAUGGAAGAGCAUUUCUUCCUCCCACUACAUCCCUUCAUCCAUCCACUGAC